AUGUGGGCCGUCGACAGUGGUGCAACACACCACAUAUGCCACGACAAGACCAAGUUUGCAAGACUGAACAAGCGCAACGACAGUGACAUCUUGGUGGCGGAUGGCAACAAAGUGGCCAUCAAGGGUGUUGGAAUCAUCUUUGAAAGGUGGUUCUGCCCAACGGUGAAGAGCAUCAACAAGCACUGCAAGUUUCAAGUCGUGUUCGACGGUACCAAGAUGUUUGUCGCUCGCAAAGGAUCGCAACAAGUGGUGGCAACAGCAUAUCUUGUGGAUGGCCUUUGCUGGCUUCACACAGCUCAUCGAUCGGCCAAUGCGACAACAAACGGAUGCAACGGUGUCGACUUACAUGCGCGGAUGGGACACGCUUCAGCUGAUGUGCUUCGCAAAAUGGUGGCCACGAACAUGAUUAAGGAUGUGAAGGUACCUCUCACGUCAAGUGGAUCAAGCGCAUGCCGAGGAAGUCAACAAGGGAAAAUGGUCCAAAAACCAUUCCCAUGCAGCCAGGACAAGCGCAGAUACGACACCUUCGAGCUACUUCACGUCUACAUCUGCGGACCCAUGGAGAUGAAAUCUCUGGGUGGCAGCAAGUUUCUACUGCUGAUCGUUGACGAAGCCAGUGGAUGCAUGAAGGGCUUCUGUCUACGUGUGAAGUCGGAGAGUGAAAACUACAUCACAAGAUACAUCAAGAUGGUGAAAGCGCAGCUUGGCAAGAAGGUCAAGCUCGUCCGACACGACGGAGCCCGCGAGUUCGCAACCAACUCGCUUCAAGAAUUCUACGAAGAUGAAGGCAUUGAGCAGCAGACGACGGUGCCAUAUGCACACCAGACUAACGGCACGGCAGAGCGCGCCAUUCGGACUAUCGUCACAAUUGGUCGCAGCAUGCUCCACCAUGCUAAGCUGGAAAAGCGAUUCUGGGCCGAAUCAGCAAUGACGGCAAUCUACGUCAGGAACCGUCUGCCGUCGCCUAAAGUUAUGCACAAGACUCCGUUCGAGAUCGUCCACAACUCCAAGCCAAGUGUCAAGCACAUGCGGAAGCGGCUCAAGUGGGACCCCAAGGCUCGCACUGGGAUAUUCCCGGGCUACGAAGAAGUAUCCAAAGCGUACCGCGUUUAUGACAUCGAGGCGGGGCAGAUGGCCAUCAGUCGCGAUGUCAACUUUGACGAGUCUGCCUUUGGACUUUCGCCGCCAGCCACCGAUGAAGACGCCGAUGACCUUGACUUCGACUCCCUCGAUCUGGAUGAUGAAGCGCCAGGUCAAGCGCAGUACAAGCAAACAGGCAAGCGCAAGAGUCGUCCCCAUGAUGAAGGAGUACCAACUCCACCCACGCGCACAGUGAGUCAACGGCCUGGACUAGAAGAAUCAAGUGCGCCAGACAGUCACACGACCCACCAAGAAGAGGAUGAAGAAACAAAGAAUGCUGAUGCAUCGACUCCGCCUGUGUUUUGGCGUGAGAGUGCGAACGCCAUCGAAACAGCAGUAGACUUAUCCGAGCCAUCGACUUUUGAAGCUGCGGUGAGCGGUCCUGAUCAAGUGCAUUGGCGCGAAGCUAUCCGUGCGGAACUUGAGUCGAUGCGACUUCGUGAAGUAUUCCGCGCAGCCAAGCUACCUAAAGGACAUCGCGCCAUUGGCACAAAGUGGGUCUUCAAGAUCAAGAGCAAAGCGGAAGGAUCAAUUGACAAGUACAAGGCGCGUCUUGUGGCAAGGUGUUUCAAGCAAACAAUUUGGGAUGGACUACACGGAAACAUUCUCGCCCGUUGUCAAGAACAAGUGUUCUGCGUCAUCCCUGAAGGCGUGGAAUUGGAGGGCUCCUUCGAUUGUCUGGAGUUGGUGAAUGCAAUCUACGGACUAAAACAAGCGUCGCGCGUAUGGAACGAAACGUUUGACGAGUUCGUGUGUGCUAUUGGAUUUCAAGCGUCAGGCCUCGACCCGUGUCUCUACAUAAGGAUUGUGGAAGGGCAAUUCGUGCUGCUGCUGGUGCAUGUAAAUGACGUGUUGAUCACCGGUAGCUCAUGCGAGCUAAUUGCACGCAGCAAGACCGAUCUGAAGACACGAUUCGAGAUGACUGACAGCGGCAAGUGUGCAUUUGUGCUUGGAAUCGAGCUUUUGGACGGCGCAGAUGUAAGUGUUGUCACACUAUGUCAGCGUCGGUAUGUAGAUGACAUACUCAAGCGCUUUGGCAUGGAUGAUUGCAAGGCCGUCGCAAGUCCAGUCGACAUGAGCUCUCGACUUGUUUCAAGUGAUGCAGCCACCAAAGUAGAUGCUCCUUUUCGCGAAGCUAUUGGUGCGUGA